UGCUCCUGGCAGUCCUUGGUGUUUUAUUUACGGUGCGGCUUGCUCCGGCCUCGAGCCAACCAACUUGUCCGUGAAAUCCUGCCGGCCUCAAAACUAGUUUUUCGCAAAUGCUGUAGCUCACCCGCGGCUGCCUGCAUCCGUGAGAACAAAUUGACUUCCGCACCCUCCCGCGUACCGGCAAACAUGUCGGAGGCUAAGAGCAGCCAAGGUAACAGCGGCACCACCAGCAAAGGAUCGUCCUCGUCCGGCUCGUCGCUCAUCACCAAACCGGCUAAUUUAGAAUGCAAAGAUUUGGAAGAGUAUCUGAAAUCGCGACCGCCCGAGGUGCUGGAAAAGCUGUACAACUACCCCGCCAUCUGUCUCGCCGUGUAUCGCGAGCUGCCAGAAAUAGCGCGCCAGUUCGUUAUAAGAAUUCUGUUCGUCGAGCAACCGAUUCCACAAGCGGUCGUGUCCUCGUGGGCAACACAGGUCUACGCAAAAGAAAACACAUCCGUCUCGCAGGUGCUGACCGAGCUGGGCGUAUGGCGGAGCGCGGCCUAUCCGGGCGGGCUGGCCGCCUGGGAGCUGUGCCCAACGUUCAAGAAGAACCUCAAGAUCGCACUGCUGGGCGGCGGCCGGCCCUGGUCGAUGUCGAACGCGCUCGAUCCGGACCAGAAGUCGCGCGACAUCGACUUCCUGGACACGUACGCCAUGUCCCGGUGGCGCUGCGUGCUGCACUAUAUGGUUGGUGCCGGUAGCUCCAAGGGCAUGGAGGGGGAGGGCAUCUCGCCGGACGCGGUGCGCAUCCUGCUGCACGCCAAUCUGAUGAAGCGGGACGAGUCGGACGGCAGCCCGGUCAUCACCCGGCAGGGCUUCCAGUUUCUGCUGCUCGACACGCAGGCCCAGGUGUGGCACUUUAUGCUGCAGUAUCUCGAUACGUGCGAGGCGCGCGGCCUCAACCUGCCCGAGUGUCUGUCGAUGCUGUUCCAGCUUAGCUUCAGCACGCUCGGCCGGGAUUACAGCUCCGAGGGGCUCAGUCCGGGCCUGCUUACCUUCCUGCAGCAUUUGCGCGAGUUCGGGCUGGUGUACCAGCGGAAGCGCAAGGAGGGCCGGUUCUAUCCGACGCGCCUGGCGCACAACAUCACCUCGAAGAACGCUACCCACGCCACGACGCUCGCCCAGGACCAGGAAUCGAACGCGACCAAGGACAAGGGCUACAUCAUCGUCGAGACGAACUAUCGCGUGUACGCGUACACCGACUCGAACCUGCAGGUGGCCCUGCUCGGCCUGUUCACCGAGCUGCUGUACCGGUUUCCCAACCUGGUGGUCGGUGUGCUGUCGCGCGAUUCCGUCCGGCAAGCGUUCCGGGGCGGCAUUACGGCGGAGCAGAUCAUCAGCUACCUGGAGCAGCAUGCCCACCCGACGAUGCUGACGGUGGAGCAGGCGAUCAACAGCAAAUCCUCCCUGCCGCCCACGGUCGUCGAUCAGAUAAAGCUGUGGGAGAACGAACGGAACCGGUUCACCUACACCGAGGGCGUCGUGUACAAUCAGUUCCUGUCGCAGGCCGACUUUAUCACGCUGCGCGAUUACGCCCAAUCGAUCGGCGUGAUGAUCUGGCAGAACGAGCGCAUCCGCACGAUGGUGGUCACGAAGAACGGGCACGACGAUGUGAAAAAGUUCUGGAAACGGUACUCCAAGGGUGGCAGUUAGGUUAUAAGGUUGGUUUAGUUAGCGUUAGGAAGGAGCGUGCGUGAAGUGUCUGCGGAAUAAAGAGUGUUAAUUCAUCUAAAAAGCAAUGGAAA